CCGGCGCGCGCGCAGUGAGGCGGGGGCGCGCGGCCUCCCCCUGUCGCGAUGGCCGAGCAAAAAAUGGAAAUUACCACUCCUCCGACAUCCAAGUGUAUCAUGUACUGGAAAAGGAAAGUCAAGUCCGAGUACAUGCGUCUGCGGCAGCUCAAGAGGUUCCAGGCAAACAUGGGAGCAAAGGCUCUCUUUGUGGCCAACUUUGCGAAGGUUCAUGAAAAGACUCAGAUCCUUAAUGAAGACUGGAAGAAGCUUCGAGUGCAGCCAGUGCAGCUGAUGAAGCCAGUCAGUGGGCACCCGUUCCUGAAACAGUGCACUGUUGAGAGCAUUUUCCCAGGAUUUUCAAGCCAGACACUGUACAUGAGGACCCUGAACACAGUGGCACUGGUGCCCAUUAUGUACUCCUGGUCCCCUCUUCAGCAGAAUUUCAUGGUGGAGGAUGAAACAGUUCUGUGCAAUAUCCCUUACAUGGGUGAUGAGGUGAAAGAAGAAGAUGAAACUUUCAUUGAAGAACUUAUUAAUAACUAUGACGGCAAAGUUCAUGGAGAGGAAGAAAUGAUCUCAGGGUCAGUCCUCAUCAGUGAUGCUGUGUUCCUGGAGCUAGUGAAUGCUCUGAAUCAGUACUCAGACGAGGAAGAGGAAGGACACAAUGAUUCUGAGGUGAAACAGGAGGAUGGAAAAGAGGAGCUGCCAGUGACAAGGAAAAGAAAGCGAAUUGCAGUGGAAGGUAACAAGAAGUGUUCAAAGAAGAGGUUCCCCAAUGACAUGAUAUUCACUGCUAUUUCUUCCAUGUUUCCUGAGUAUGGCUUCCCAGAGGAUAUGAAAGAAAGGUACCGGGAGCUCACGGAGGUGUCCGACCCCAACGUGCUGCCACCGCAGUGCACCCCCAACAUCGACGGGCCGUGCGCCAAGUCGGUGCAGCGGGAGCAGUCCCUGCACUCCUUCCACACCCUCUUCUGCCGCCGCUGCUUCAAGUACGACUGCUUUCUGCAUCCUUUUCAUGCUACUCCUAAUGUGUACAAACGAAAGAAUAGAGAGACCAAGAUUGAGCCAGAUCCUUGCGGCGCAGACUGUUUCCUGUGGCUGGAAGGAGCCAAGGAGUUUGCUGCCCUGCACAACCCCCGAUCCAAGUGCUCCGGGCGUCGCCGGCGGCGGCACCACGUGGUGGGCGCGUCCUGCUCCAGCACCCCGGCUGUCACUGAGACCAGGGAGGGCGACAGCGACCGCGACACGGGCAAUGAGUGGGCCUCUAGCUCCUCGGAGGCCAACUCCCGCUGCCAAACCCCCACAAAGCAGAAGCUGAGCCCGGCCUCCUCCCAGCUGUUUGCGGUGGAGACGCCGCAGGAGCCCGUGGAGUGGACAGGAGCCGAGGAGUCACUCUUCCGUGUCUUCCAUGGGACCUACUUCAACAACUUCUGCUCAAUUGCCAGGCUGCUGGGGACAAAGACCUGCAAGCAGGUCUUUCAGUUUGCAGUGAAGGAAUCACUUAUAACAAAACUGCCAACAAAUGAGUUAAUGAAUCCAUCCCAGAAGAAGAAAAGGAAGCACAGGCUGUGGGCUGCACACUGCAGGAAGAUCCAGCUGAAGAAAGAUAAUUCACCGACCCAGGUGUACAACUACCAGCCCUGUGACCACCCUGAGCAUCCCUGUGACAGCUCCUGCCCUUGCAUCAUGACUCAGAAUUUCUGUGAGAAGUUCUGCCAGUGCAACCCUGACUGUCAGAAUCGCUUCCCAGGCUGCCGCUGCAAGACCCAGUGCAACACCAAGCAGUGCCCCUGCUACCUGGCUGUGAGGGAGUGUGACCCUGACCUCUGCCUCACCUGUGGGGCUUCAGAACACUGGGACUGCAAGGUGGUCUCCUGCAAGAACUGCAGCAUCCAGCGAGGCCUCAAAAAGCAUUUGUUGCUGGCCCCAUCAGACGUGGCUGGCUGGGGGACUUUCAUCAAGGAGGCAGUGCAGAAGAACGAGUUCAUCUCCGAGUACUGCGGGGAGCUCAUUUCACAGGAUGAGGCUGACAGGCGAGGAAAGGUCUACGACAAGUACAUGUCCAGCUUCCUCUUCAACCUCAACAAUGAUUUUGUUGUUGACGCUACUCGCAAAGGAAAUAAAAUCCGCUUUGCCAACCACUCAGUGAACCCCAACUGCUAUGCGAAAGUUGUGAUGGUGAACGGAGACCACCGCAUCGGCAUCUUUGCCAAGAGAGCCAUCCAGGCAGGAGAGGAGCUCUUCUUUGACUACAGGUACAGCCAGGCAGAUGCCCUGAAGUAUGUCGGCAUAGAGAGGGAGACAGACAUCAUCUAAACUCCAGGGUGGUUCUGGCACACCUUGCUGCUGCACCUUGUAAGCAAUGCCAUGUUUGCUUCACGCUGACAUGACUGCUGCUGUUCCUGCUGCUGUGUGUGUCACAAGUGCUACUUUCCAUCCAGACACCAGAGAGACUUGGGGCAGGAGUGUAAGCAGCCCCUGGGCCAUGGCUGUCCCAGGGUGGGAUCCCCUCUGCCCCAGCUGGCUGGGAAAUGGGGACUGCCCAGCUGUGGCUGGAGUGGCACCAAGGGAUGGCCUGGGGAUGGGAGAGCAGCACUAUGCAAUAUGAUACUUUGAGUAGGGGUUCCACUGAGCUGAGUAGGGGAUGAUGUUACAAUCCCUGCCUGUUGUGACCCAGGGGGGCUUCUCAGAAACCUUCCUUGGGCUUUGUGACCCCCUGGCCCCGGGGAUAAAGGGGAAAUAUUCUCUGGCAGGGUGAGGUUUAGCCUUGCACUCCAUGC